AUGACCCGGCACACCCUUACCCGGGCCUGGUCAAAGGGUUCCACUACUUCAGAAGGCACCAUAUCCGAUCGAAGUAGUACCAGGUCCAGCCGCUCCAUACAAUCCAGCCACACCCAAUAUACGAACCUCACUUCGUACAGCGACACAAAGGCCAUUGUCAAGCAUUGCGAGCUAUAUGAGGAACGUGAAAUCGUCGACGAGGCCGAGGACUCGAGUAGUGAACAAGACGAUCGUCGAGCAUCAACCGAAACAUACGCCUCCACAGUUGCUUCCGAAGCCGAGUCUGACACCUCCAGAGCCCCGAGCCUGCGCCCGUUGAUGAGACAUAUCUGCUACGAGCCAGAUGCUCUAGCUACCGGUCCGGCCGAAUUCGGCGAGCUCUUUCCAUCAACAAAAAGAAUUCUCAUCCAACAUGACGACACCACUCACGACGGAAACCUCAAUCUCCGACUCGACACCGAAUUGACGGUAUCCAGAGGUCACAAAGUGAAGCUGACUCUUUUCCACCUGCGCAUGUACGACCUCGCUGAACGCCAAUUCUCGCUUCGUCGAUAUCAGCGGCAAUCGGGUCGGGAAGUCUGCAACUCGAAGCGAAAGUAUCUGAAACCCGUCGCCGCGCCAUGGUCAUCUCCAGCAACACGACGCUCGUUGAUUUCGACUUUGACGAAGAUGAGCCUCAAGACACUGAAGAGCAAGCCUCGCUCGAAGACGCCUCAAGAGCUCGGAGAAGAUGAAGAAUCUGACGAUGAUUUGAACUUCCUUGCGACCCAAGCUGAUGUCAAGGCUACCAUUCCGACCGAUUCCGUCAAGAUUGAGUUCUCAAAUUAUGCUCAAGUCCAAUUAGACUGUGCCAAAAGGGGAGAAACCAAGUAUGACUUUGAGUAUUGGGGUGAAAAGUAUAGCUGGAGACGCAACGUCUAUCGUGAUGAAUCUGAGCUGGUUUUCUCUUUUGAGCUGGUCAACUUGUCCUCCGGGGAUUGCAUUGCUCAUAUCACUCCGGACAAAUUGUCGCUGAGGCAAGCUCGGCGGGAAGCGUCGCAAGGGAGUUGGGUGCCACCAUGCAGCAUGCGGCUCACGGAGAAGGAUAUCUCAAAUGAUCUCGGAGAUGUGAUCGUGGCGACGGGGCUGAUGGCACUGGUGGAUGAUUGCAUAGAAAGACACUGGCAUGAGCCUCACCGCUCUUGA